GGGUCCAUCUGCUGAUGGUUCUGAAUCUGAGCGCCAACUCCUGGGGAACACUUCUGAGUCACUGGAGAAAACAUCUGAGGAGAGAAUGAGGGAGGGACACUCAAAAGGGACAAAUAUCUCUCUCAGCAGUAGCUUCUCUGUGCCCUCACCACAUCCAGAAGAUGGUCUGCAAGGAAACCUGCCUGUAGAGCUUCUCGAAACCUUGGAGGAAAGAGUGGAAGGACAACCACAGGAGGACAUCAGCCUUGAAAACAUGGAUUCAGAUGAUGGCUCUGCACUCCCAAGGCAUCCUAGAGCCAGGAGAUCAACCCAGCAUGACAUACACAUGGUUCACCCUCCCGGUGCCCCAGGAGCUCCAAAAUCCCCAUCUGGAUCCAUGACAUAUCCAGGUCCUCAGCGCCUGAGGAGAAUUAAGAAGGAGGAAACGGGCCCUCCAGAUCCACCCUACUAUUGCCAAAAGGGCGAAAUGGGAGCUCCAGGAGCCCGUGGAAACAAAGGAGAAAAGGGGCAGCCUGGAGAGAUGGGGGAGCCUGGAAAAAAGGGCACCAAAGGAGACAGUGGUGAAAGUGGUCAGAAGGGGGAACCAGGAAUUGGGCUCAGAGGCCCUGUUGGUCAGGCUGGGCCCCCAGGAUUUAAGGGUGAGCCGGGGGCCCCAGGACCUCCAGGAGCCCAGGGUAUUCAGGGCAUUCGUGGCAAUGCUGGCACUCCUGGCUCACAGGGAGACAGAGGGGCUCCAGGUCUACCCGGGACACCAGGACAGAAGGCAGGUGGUGUGAGGGCACUGUGCAUGUUGUGUUGGCCAACCCAAGGCAAGAAUGAGUGUGGUCCUCCUGAUAAUGCCUACACCAAUCCAUUGAAAUCCGCCUGUCUUCAAUGA